UGUGUGAAGAACGCUGAGCGUGGUGAGUUGGGUUGCCACUAGUAGGUGGAAAGCGUUUGUUAUUUACGUCGAGAAUGUAUCGGGUGUAAGUGAUUGGUUCCUUUCACGAGGAGAUCCGUCGGUAGGUGGGUAGUCAUAGGGCGGGGGCUCUAUUGAUUUAAAUUUGGUUUGCCGGUGCGCGUGUCAAUAGUCAACACAGUGCCGCGAAGAGCGCGCGCUCGAGCAUCUACAUUUUACUGGUUGUGUUGUGUGGAUCGAAAGGUUAGGCCCUUCGCGGUGCAGUCAAUAGGAUAUGUCGACUAAUCCGAAAAACGGAACGAUCGAGGAUACGGAGAAUUUAAAUGGACCCAUCCGCUUCCAGAGUGUUGUGCCGAAAGAAAGGCAAGAAUUAUUAAAGUGGAAUGGCUGGGGAUACAAGGAUUCUGAAUUUCGUAUGAACGAGAAACACAUAAUUGAAUUUACUGGCAAUAGGUAUCCUAUAGGCAACAAGGAACUUCCAUAUUUCACACAAUGGGUGAAGGAUAUGUUUGGCAUAGAUCCCGCGAAGAAAAACACAUCCCAAUCGGUGCCUACAAAUCUACCGGAACCAAUUAUUUCCGCGGAAUUGUUAGAGGCGAUUCAAGAAUUAAAGAUCGAAUAUUCCACGAAGGGUAUCGAUCGGCUGGUUAGAUGCCACGAGGACGUUGUGAAAAUAAUUAAACUGUGUGCUCGAUACGGAUCAGUCUGUAUUCCAUUCGGUGGAGGAACGAGCGUGAGCGGAGCUGCAGCUUGCCCAACGAACGAGCGACGGACGAUAAUAUUGCUGGACACGUCGCAGAUGAACAGAAUACUUUGGAUAGACAGGGAAAAUUUAAUUGCCUGCUGCGAGUCUGGUAUUAUCGGUCAGGAUCUUGAAAAACAACUCCGACUGCAAGGUCUGACUUCUGGUCACGAACCUGAUUCUUACGAAUUUUCUAGUUUAGGUGGAUGGGUCGCAACGAGGGCGAGUGGCAUGAAGAAGAAUCGAUAUGGGAACAUUGAAGACCUAGUUGUACGAGUGAGAAUGGUCACUGGUAGAACGGACGAUCCGGAAAUAACGCUGGAAAGGGGUAUACUGGUACCGCGAGCUUCUUGUGGUCCUGACUUUGAUCAUAUGAUCCUCGGCAGUGAAGGAACCUUGGGUGUAGUCACGGAAGUGGUGUUGAAGAUCAGGCCGUUACCAAAAGUAGUGAAAUACGGUAGCGUAGUUUUCCCAAAUUUUCAAACCGGUGUGUCGGCGUUACGUCAGGUGGCUAAGGAACGAUGUCAACCAGCUAGCAUACGUUUGAUGGACAAUGAACAGUUCCAGUUCGGUCAAGUGUUGCGGCCAGAACCCGGCUGGGGUGGUUUCAUUCUACAAGGAUUGAAACAAGCUUAUAUUACAAGGAUAAAACGUUUCAAAUGGGACCAAAUAUGUGUCGCUACACUUUUGUUCGAGGGUAGCACGGCUGCAGAAGUGGCGGCGCAAGAACGAAAAAUUUACGAUAUAGCGAAGCAACACAACGGUGUCCCGGCUGGAGAAACAAACGGUGAACGAGGUUACGUUCUGACGUUCGUUAUAGCCUAUAUUCGAGAUCUUGGUCUGGAUUAUUAUAUUUUGUCUGAGUCGUUCGAAACAUCUGUCUCUUGGAAUCGUGCGUUGUCGUUGUGCAGAAAUGUGAAAUCUCGUGUGGCCAGGGAGUGUUACUCACGUGGCAUUGAACAGUAUUAUGUCUCUUGUCGUAUCACGCAGACAUACGAUGCCGGUUGUUGUGUGUAUUUCUACAUGGCGUUCAAUUAUAAGAAUCUUGAGAAUCCUAUAGACACAUAUGAAACCAUCGAGCACAUUGCACGAGAAGAGAUUUUGGCUAACGGCGGCUCUUUGUCUCAUCAUCAUGGUGUAGGAAAAUUACGUUCCUGUUUUUAUGCGGAUGCAGUAGGAGAAGCGGGAGUGAACCUUUAUCGAGCAGCUAAAGCACACUUGGAUCCCCAUAACAUAUUCGCGGCCGGAAAUUUGGAUCCGCAAUGUGUGUCUAAACUAUGAACUAAACGGGAACGAAGCACUGUGAUAGUUCGGGACUUGUUGCACGAGAAGUUCUUUCAUUCGAGAAAGUGGCUCUUAUCGAGAAAUAUUCGGUAGUGAAUGAAAAUACAAAAAGACAACCGGCAUUGCUACUUUUACCAUUGGUACGUUGUGGUGGUAUAAAUAAAUGGUGGUAAAGGAAAAGACUAGUAUAAAUAUAAAUAAAUAUGAACCAUGGUGUCGUUUGGUACAAAUACGGAAUUGUAAUUGUAUCGACAUUUUUAUAAGUUAUUAUAAAUAAACAAGACUCGCUUACUUAUAGUACUUAAUCGAUAUUAUCCGCAAGUUAUUUAUCUGAGUUUCUUUCUUUCUUUCUUUUUCUUUUUUUUUAUAAGUAAUUCGUAUAUCUUUUCUUUUCUUC